AUGUGUAUUGAUUACCAGCAGUUGAACAAGGUUACAAUCAAGAAUAAGUAUCCAUUGCCGAGGAUCGAUGAUUUGUUUGAUCAGCUUCAGGGUGCCAAGGCGUUUUCAAAGAUUGAUUUGAGAUCUGGAUACCAUCAGUUGAGGAUUAGGGCAUCUGAUGUCCCUAAGACAUCUUUCCGCACUCAGUACGGGCAUUAUGAGUUCCUGGUCAUGUCAUUUGGGUUGAUCAAUGCCCUAGCAGCUUUUAUGGAUUUGAUGAACCGAGUGUUUAGGCCUUAUUUGGACUCGUUCGUGAUAGUCUCCAUUGAUGAUAUUUUGAUAUAUUCCCGCAGUCGGGAGGAGCACGAACAGCAUCUUAGAGUGGUUCUUCAGACCUUGAGGGAUAGUCAGUUA